AAUUGAUUUUAUUAAUUUGAUCGAUAAUUAAUUGAUUAAUCGAAUCGAAAGACGAAAAUAAAUGAAUAACACGAAACAAAUGAAGUAAAACGAGAGAAAAUUAUCGAACGAUAAUUUUUCAAUACAAUCGUAAUGAAUACUGUUAACUUGGAAGAAAAGUAAAAAAACAAAAAAAAAACAAAACAAAACAAGACAAACUGUUAAUACACGAAAUAUUGAACCAAAUAGAUAAGAAGUUGUCAAUCGCGAGUACCCACGUAGUACGAAGAGAGGGGUUGAAAUCGAAACGAUGCAAGUUUACUUGAAACAAAAGCAAAAAAAAUAUAUAAAUAAAUAAAGAAAUUUUAACAAAAUAAAUAAAUAAGUUAUUCUAAGUUACGAAAAAUCGGCCAUGCCAGUUGAAAAAGUAAUCUGCGAAUGGUUCGAGAAUCGAGGUGAAUUUAAUUGAGGGUGAAUAAUAUUUAGUGAACGAUAAUUAAACAAUCAUGUUCCCCGAUAAACAAAUUAAUAAAUAUAAUCAAGUUCAAACCAAGUUACCUCCGGUAGCUUCGUCAGUGCGACUUUGAUUGUUUAUAUAUAUCUUACACGUAUAUGUAUAUAUAAUAUUAUAUAUAAUUAAUCAAUGUAAUAUAUAUAUAUACAUAUAUAUUUAUAUAUACUUAUGUUCGGUGUUUACCAAUUAUUGUACGCGGGUGAACAGUUAUCUUCAAGAGGUUACAGUUCCACCGAGGAUCAAUCAUCGAUUUUCAAAACAGUGGGCUUGCAAAGAAGGGUAGUGGAAAUGAAAUGAAGGGGAAAGGGAAGCGGAAGAGGUUCUUGGUAGGGGGAAUCGAGGCGAGGCGAGACGAAGAAACAAAAAGGAAUUGGUGUUGUGCGGACAAGAUGUGGCUCUGACGGCAAUCGUUGGUGAGAAAUAACGCGAGAUUGUACAAAAUAAUAAAGCUGCAGGCCGUGUUAAACGAUAAGAAAAAGAAAAAGAAAACGAAAACGAAAGAAAGAAAGAAAGAAAGAAAGGAAAGGAAAAAUAAAUAAAUAAAAGGAAAUAAUAAUCAAAAGAAAAAUGAACGAGAACGACUGUGUAGAGGAGGGAAACGAGAGAAAAUAAUAGAUAACGAUACGAAUAAAUAAGAAUAAUACUAGAUGAAAAAUAGAGAAACGAAGGAAGGAACAAAACUUCAAACUGAAAUAAACUGAACCGAAUAAACGAAACGAAAAACUAAAGAGUAACUCUCACACUCUCGUCGUCCUGUGGGCUCCGAUACGUAGUAUACAUAUACGUACGGCACGGUUGUAUAUGUAUAUAUACAUAUAUAUCAUAUCUGCAUAUAUUUAUACAUAUGUAUACGACAAACGCGCGUACCCUUCGAACGCUACUCGAGCGUCAUCGAACACAACUAUCAUCACGGCGUAAACCUUGCAGUUUUCACACACCGGGAGGACGAAGACCGUAGUCCUCUCCCUACUUUUUGCCGACUUCUUUUUUUCCCCUACGUUCCUCUUUCUAAGUGUGCAACGUCGUCAUCCCCUACCGGUUACCACGGUGCUGCACUUCCGCCGUUACCCCUACCGGCGCUUCUCUCGCUCUCUCGCUCUCUCAGGAAUCACCCCCACUCCCAGGCGACUCGUCCUUCUCUCUCGGACUCUCCCUCCUUCGCCUUCCCCUCUCUCUCACUCUCUCUCUCUCUCUCACUCUCGUCUCUUCUCUUCUCUCCGUCCUCCCCCCGUCUUGCCCCCUCCUUCGCUCAUAGUUCUACGGAAUCUCUCUCCACCUCCUCCUCCUCCCGAAGUUCGUCGUUCGUCGCUCACCCGUCGCGCGCGGUGUUGCACCGCCAGUGAUCAUCCCCUCUCCGAAAAUCCGAAGGAGAAGGAGAGGGCUACGUCACGCGUGACGUCACGAGGGAACUCGCGACACGGGCACGAGGUACUAUAGAUAUAUAGUUAUAUUUCUCCUCUCGAAGCCGCGCGAGUCCUUCACGGCUUCAUCCCCACCCAGAAAAGAGGGAACCUCCGCCGCCGUCGCUGGUACCACUACCAGCGGUUCUACUACCACCGCUACACCACCGCCACCACCACCACCGCCACUACCACCACCACCACCGCCACCACCACCACCACCAUCACCAUCACCACCCCCGGUAUAACGCGACGACCCCACGGCAUCUCUCUACCCGGUGCAUUUCCCCUUGCACGCAUACAACCGUCUCUAUAACGGAGGUACAAGCGCGCACGGCAAAUACAUACACAUCCUAAGAUGUGAUUUCAAAAAUGGCGGAUUGCUCCUAUGCCCGUUGCAUACAGGAACGGCGACGCAUUCGAAGGGAGCUACUGCGAUGGACGAAGAAUAUGGUUUACGUAGUCGGUCUAGAAAGGGUAGCGGAAGAAUUGAUGGGCCGUAGGAGAUGGAAGCUUUACCAAGAUACACUAUACAGCAGCAGUCGCAGUGCAUCGAUAACCCAAGCACACCAUCUCCAUCCGGCAUCGCUCUGCCAAGAUCAAACCGUCAACAGAAAUCAUCACCAUCAAACGGUGCAGUCGGGGGCUGCGACGGUUGCAUUUCAGAGGGUGAAACAGGAACCCCAUAUACAAAAUCGCGAUCAUUGCGCCGGCGAGGAUCUGCAGGAACAGGAAAAGCGGGCGGAGGAGGAGGAGGUUGUAGGACUGAGGUCGGAGGACAUAAAGGUAGAAGUUGCGGAUCGGGACCAGGGCCAGGAGGAGGAUUUAGAGGACAAAAUUGUAGAGGACAACUCGAGGGAUACGAGCCCUCUGCGCACACUGAACUCACCACUCGUUCGAGAACAAAACCCAUCCAACGUUAUCGACACGGACGGGGUCAAGGAACGAACGGAAGAAAUCGCGUUGGAGCGGAUACAGGGGACACAAGGACUUUUGAGGGUGAAGAAAGAGGAGGAACUUCAGGAAGUACCGAGUUCUGUGGGAGUUUUGCAAUCCUGUACAGAGGACGGGAUACGGUCAGUAACCUCGGUGAGCAAAGAAGCGGAGGAACAAAGAUUUGCUACGGAGAACAGGGUCAAACAAUCGCCGUAUCUUGGAAUCGGUAUAUCGAACAGACGUUCGAGUCCUCCGCCAGUGGACUGGAAGCCCUUGGACAAGUGCUACCUCUGCCUCGAUGGCAAGCUGCCGCACGACGAACAACCGCCCCUUAGUCCGCAAAGUGAGAGCAGUAGUAGUUCUCGAUCUGCAGAAUCCCCGAUGUCGGUUCAGGUGGACCCAACGAUGGCCGCAUCGUUGGCGGCAGUGGCAGCCCUCAGUGGUGCUACCGGAGGUGCUGCUGGAUAUCCAACUCUUUUACCACAGUGGUGUUUACCCCCUAGGGAGGCACCCCGGGUCGGGGUACCGGCCCAUCAGGAAAGCGCGGCUGUGGUCGACCAACCACUUGACCUCUCGGCCAAACCCCGAGUCUUUCAGGAUAACAACAUAUCUCUACUCGAACAACAAAAAAUACCUCUGAGAAUGCCGACUGGAAUCGAUCCAAAGAGCAUCUUCAACAGUUCGUGUUACCGCGCGAAGCCACGUGUGACCGGUACCGGAGGUGUGGGAGGUGUUCACGGAGUGGUGGGUGCUGGUGGCGGGCGAAGAACUUACACGGAAGAAGAACUUCAGGCCGCAUUAAGGGAUAUACAAAGUGGAAAACUCGGGACUAGAAGGGCUGCAGUUAUCUAUGGAAUACCGCGAAGCACCCUUCGAAAUAAGGUCUACAAGCUAGCGAUGGAACGAGAAAGGGAAACGUCCCUGAUAUCGCUUUCACAUCCCCAUCAUCAUCACGAGACCAGUGUUGUGCCUUCUACACCCAAUGCGUCUCCAAUCGUCUCCGCAUCCGUCUCCACGCCCGUCUGCCUGACUGCCACUCCGUCACCACAAGCGGACGAGGGCGACGACAAAGAAUUAUCCGGAGCAGAGGAGGAAAAAGAGGUGGAAAGAGUUCUACUGGAGCCGCUGAUUUCUUUCGAUGAUUUCUUAAGAUUUUCCGCCCUUAAAGGUGGAGAUGGAGAAUCCCUCAGGGCGUUACUCCAACGAAGACCUGAAACGGGGGCCGAAAGCUCGGGCUUCGAACAACAAGCAAUUGCACCUUACAUUCAAAGGAUGCUGGCUGCCACAAGACCGUUCAAAGGUAUGGAAACUUCAGAUUAUCGUAUUCCCGAAGUUAUGAGACGCCUAAUGAGUGAAGAUAAACGGCUCAGCAAAGAUCUGAACGGAGAGCAGCAACAGGAACCAAUAACGAACGACGAUUUUAAUCCUAGUAUUGAGGAGGAGGCCAGCGACAGCGCUCAGGGUAGAGCUAUUCUGAAAAUUCCGUCCUACAAGCCAGCGAAUACCCCCGGAUCAAGUAAAAACGGUGAACCAUCGUCAGCGACGUUUGCCCAGAGUUUUGCAGCCGUUCCAAGCGCCGCGGGUAGCCCAGGUCUUUUAGAAAGAGCUAGCCCAGCUUUUUCUGGUACAAGUAGUCCGACGAAUUCUCUAGCUGGCAAAGGAGUUGGCGUCAACUUCCGUGAUGUUAUAGCGAAAAGUAUCAGUGUAAAGUUUCAAGAAGGUAUACCGCAAGGUAUUGGUCAAGCACAAAUGAUGCAAGAUCCGAAUCCCUUCAAAAGAGGGAGGUAUAGCCCGCCACAACCGCCGCUACAAUCUCAACCACCGAAACCAACGCAGGACAAUAAAGCCAAGCCAGGACCAGGUGGUAAAGGUACGCGGCCGAAAAGGGGGAAGUAUAGAAACUACGACAGGGAUAGUCUCGUGGAAGCAGUUCGAGCGGUACAACGAGGUGAAAUGAGCGUCCAUAGAGCGGGAAGUUAUUACGGCGUGCCACAUUCGACACUCGAGUACAAAGUUAAGGAACGUCACCUUAUGAGGCCGAGAAAGAGGGACCAGAAGCCGCAGGACGAUAAGGCGAAAGAGGCCGUAGCAGCAGCAGCACUUAGACAAGUUGGACAAGAAAAAAAGCCACAGCUCAAACCCCAGAAAACUUUCACGCCCCCGGGACCCAUGCCUGGACCAAAUGGAUUAAAGAUGCCACCCUUUAUGGAUGGAAUGCCACAUCUACCCUUCGCUCACCCCUUCAACUUUUGGGGCCCAACGCCAUUCAUUCCUUCGCCGUUCAUCGCUGGCAGUCCCAAUGUCCCUACCAUAUUACCUGAGCAAUAUUUUGCCACCCAGAGAAUGAGGGGACUUCAAGAACAACAAAGAAAUGUGAUCGCCCAUCAACAACAGCAACAACAGCAACAACAGCAACAGCAACAACAACAACAACAACAUCAGCAACAACAGCAACAACACCAACACCAACACCAACAGCGGCAACAGCAACAGAGAGAAAGGGAAGGUGUUAACAUUCCUUUGAACUCGGCAGGUACGUCGAAUGCCAGAGGAAGUGGUGGUGCUGCUCUGCCUAAAAGCACGCGCGAAAUGGCGGAAAGUUUGUACGACGGUACGGGAACGAACGGAAGCUUUUUAGAUAACCUGAUUAGGUCCAGUUUGGAAACGGGUUUGUCAAGGGAUCAAAGGGCUCUCGUAGAGGCCAGAAACCAACAAUUACAAGCCCAUCAUCCCGAGGCGAUGAGUAACAAGGCGUUGAUCGAUCAGUUGUGUAGAAACUCCAGACGAACGCCAUUGCCGCGAAUUCCUCAGGACAGUAGUGAAGAUGAAAAUUAUCGGGGUCAAGGUAGAAUGUUACCAGAGAGACCGGAUAGAGUACCAACGGUGGAUUUGAGUCCUUCACCCUCCGAUAGAGCAAGAACCGAUGAUGGUAGCGAUCGACUCACAUCACCACCAACUCCGUCUUCGAUUUCACGAGCAGGAAGUUGCAGGGAUGAAGAAACGCGAGACUCGCGAAUCGACGGUAGCAGCAGGGAACGGGACCUUUAUAAUGGUCAAGAAGAACGAGAACGGGAUCGAGGUGACAGGGAAAGGGAAAGAGACAGGGAUAGGGACAGGGAAAGAAAGACUAUGACGCUGCAACAGCAGCUCAAUCACUACCCGGACUUACACAACAUGUACGCCGCAUCAACUGACAAAAGUGCCUGUGAUAGUAAACUUAUAGUAGACCAGUCGAGUCAAAAGGCUCAACAGCAACAACAACAUCAACAGCAACGGCAGCAGCAGCAGCAGCAGCAGCAGCAGCAGCAGCAGCAACUACAACAACAACAACAACAACAACAACAACAACCACAACAACAACCACAACAACAACAACAACAACAACAACAGCAGCAGCAACAGCAGCAGCAAUCUGAGUAUGGGGCGAUCGGUGGUCUAGUUGCACAACUUCAAAGAGACUAUAACCCGACGACAAGAACAAGUGAGCAGCCGCAGGGCAACCACCUUAUGGAGCGCGCGACUGUCCUCAAAAUGGAAGACACGGUAGACCAGUAGACAAAGUCAGUACAGUUCUCAUACGAUAUAAUACCUGAAAAGUUACCAUAAAAGUAACCCAAAUCCUCCUUGGUACUCUCUCAAAAGGUAACGCCUCGCCCAAAACCCAUAGAAGAAAUUCGACAACAAAUGAUAGUAUGAAGGAGAAUGAUGACACAGCAAUUAGCUGUACAUCCCAACUGAUCUAAGUCAUACAGUUUAAAUCUGUAACUUAUACGGUUUAUUUAUCAUUGUUGCAUCUCUUCUGCGGUCGGGGUGAGUUGAUAUAAUCGUUACACGAAAAUCCGGCUCCACCCUAACCCCGAACAAACUAAAACCUGACCACCCGUAAUCACGUAACUUAGAUACAUCAGCUCAUUGAUAAAAUUAUUUAUCGUGACAACGGGCUGGUGUGAUGAGUAAAUACCUAUUCAGGUAAAUCAAAAGCAUGAUGAUGAUUGUUAUUAUCCAUUGCUGCGUUAUAUCUUAUCGAUCACGGCAAUUUAUCAAAUGAAGUAAGCGAAAACGGAAACAAAAUAAAAAUAGACAGGAGUAUAAGAAGAACCAACAACAAAAAACAUUAAAAAAAAAAAAACUCAUAAACAUAGUAAAAUACAAUAUCAACCACAACAACAACAGAACGAAUAUAUAUCCACACACACCACCCAAAUACCUAUUACCCUAAUACCUAAUUAUAUUAUAUGAAGGCAGAAAAUUACACAACGUAUUUUUUUCUCUAUCGAUGUGAAACUACCUAAUAUACAUACUUAUUAUUAAAUAUAUACUACUUAUAAGAAGCGACAUAUUAUCAAAUAAGAAUAAUAUAUAUUUUUGGUCAUAAAAACAAAACGAAAAAAAAAAUGAAAGAAUGAAAAAUGAUGAUAAGCCAAAUAUUUUGUCGGCACGAAGGCGUUGUUUUCACACGACGACAAUAUUCUCAAAAAGAAAAGAAAAGAAAAAAAUAAAAAAACUCACGGUUCCAGCCCGCGAAUGUUUCGGUACGCUUGUCUCUAUACAGACAUUUCAUGGUCCAUGUGUGGUAACACUACGAAAUUUUUCCAUAUCGAACAAGUCAUAGAAAAAAUUAGGAAGAGAAAUUAAAAAUUAAAAAAUAACUUUCGUCCCCAUUCCGUAAAAGUUAUUCGCUUUAUAAUUUCCAUGUAUAAUGAGUAUUCUAUUAAAUAACGAGAAUCUUUAACUUUGUUUUCCGGAAUUUCGAAAUUUUUUCAAAAUUUCAUAGUAUUACCAUGAAUCGUGCGUAAGUACAGAAUAGACGCGCGAUCUUGACUCGAGCCCCUACAAAUACUUCUCCUGUAAAACGCAAUGAGAAAAGAUGUUUUUGUACAAUCGCAAUUUUCUACCGUUAGAGCAAAAUAUAAUAAAAUAAAAAUAAACAUAAAAAUAAAAAUAAAACGAGAUAAGAAGUUUUUCUAGAACUUUAGGGAUAACGAAUAUAUUCCGCGUAGAUUUUUCACCGUUGAAACUUUAAAUCAAAAACCCUCCUCCCCUUCUCGCCUAUGAUAACGCAAGAAUGAAAAAAAAUAAACAAAUAAAAGAUGCAUACCACGAUAAGGGGGCUCGAUGUCAAUGAAAUACUCGAUACGUUAUUA